GCGUCAUUUCUUGUACAUGAUAAAUAAAUUUACGAAGAAGUAACGCCUUGUCUCCCAACAAUCCCAGGGGUUAGGUGCUGCGUGAUAUAUCUUAGUUUAGAUUGCUGAUGGGAUUUUAGGUCAUCCUGUCCAAGUAUCAAUGUCUUGCCCACAGGACGCUGCAGCGCAGUUAUCUUUAACAAAUUAUGAACUCCUCAAGAAAUUUGGACAUUCAAGGCAGCAGCAUGAAUAUUGAGCCAGUUCAAGAGAAAUAUGUGGAUUUCAAAACUUCAUCUGGCAUUACAGAAAAUGAAUCCAUGGUUGGACCAGUCAUUCCCUCUUUUGACUUGGAAGCAGCCAAUAUUAAAAUAACUGAAGAAAAUAUGAUGUCAAAUGGAGCUGGGAGUUUAAAGGACAUUCAGUUGGGUUUGCAGAUAUCUUUCAAAAAUGGUGCAAGCGGUCACUCUCCUGGAAAACCUCAUAAGUGCCAGUACUGUGGCAAGUCAUUUCGGGAUAAACAAACUUGUGUGGGUCAUGAAAGCAUUCACACUGGUGAGAAACUGUUCAAAUGCAGAUAUUGUGAUAAGACAUAUACUCUCAAAGCCAAUUGCUUACAACACGAAAAAACUCAUGCUUCAGAUAAGCCAUUUAAAUGCCAACACUGUGAGAAAGCAUUUGUAGAGAAGACUCAUCUGCUGACACAUGAAAGGUUUCACACUGGAGAAAAACCAUACAAAUGUCAGAAUUGUGAAAAAGCCUUUGCUGUCAAAAGUAAUCUGAUGCGUCAUGAAGUAAUUCACACUGGAGAGAAACCAUUCAUAUGCCAAUACUGUGAUAAGUCUUUUAGCAGAAAAAACAGCUGUAUACAGCAUGAAAGAACUCACACUGGGGAGAAACCGUACAACUGCAAGUAUUGUGAAAAGACAUUUGCCGUCAAGGGCAAUUGUUCACUGCAUGAAAGGAACCACACAGGGGAGAAGCCAUACAAAUGCCAGUUCUGCAAUAAGCCAUUUAAAGAAAGAACUGAUUGUCUGAGACAUGAAAGAAUUCACACUGGAGAAAAACCAUAUAAAUGUAAUAAAUGUGAAAAAUCUUUUCGCCUCAAAAGUCAAAUAACAAAUCAUGAAAAAACCCACACUGGGGAGAAACCAUUCAAGUGUCAGUACUGUGAGAAAAGGUUUUCAUGGAAAGACAGCUGUACUAAACAUGAGUUACUUCACACAACAAGAGAAACUUACAAAUGCCAGUACUGUGAAAAGAUAUUUUUCAAAAAAAGGGAUUACAUUGUUCAUGAAGGUACAGUUCACUCUCACAGUUUAAUUUUACCAAAUUCCACAGAUAACUACAAAGAAAGCAGCAAUAUGACAAGACAUUUGGAAGUCAGGCUUUCCAACCAUACCAGCAAACUGGAAAAACCUAAAAAAAUCUCUGCAAUAAAAAGCAUUCUACAAAAUGGAGCUGGAAGCUUGGCAGAUGUUCAGUUGAAUCGCCAAACACAAUUCGCUCAGAACGAGGCUGUGGAACAGAGAUUUGAGGAAGACCGUGGAGAUGACAUGGCUACCACUGUAAAAGUAGAGCCCAUGGAUGAUGAUUUUGAGAAUGCCCAAACUUUAAAUGAGGGAGUUGACCCUGAACAACUGGAACACAACUUAGGUCAUGAUAAAACUAAGAUUAAUGGUGUAAAGGUGGGAUCAGUUGGCUACUUUGCCAACUCCUUAAAGCAUAAAAACUCAGACAAAACAACCCAUCAAAAAAAUAUGUCUAAAAAUGGUGAGAUCAUGGUGAAUUAUGAGACAUUCUCCAGUCAGAUUGGUGACCAUAGCACAGAGAACAGUGAAGCAUUGCACACUAGUGUUAAAGUUGAGCCAGUUGAUCCUUCUGACCAUAGCAUGACAGUGGAAAUAUCAAACAAGAAUGAUGCUCAAGAGAGCGUUUUGGAAAACGGAGCUCAGAAUUUGUCAGAUAUGCCUUUGAAUUGUCAGAUCACGACUGAUCAAAUUAGCAGUAAGCAACAGGGAAUGAUUAAAUGUCAGAACUGUGGUAAAAUAUACAUAGGUGAUAAAAUUGCAUGUAAACAUAAGGUACCAGCUGAAGAAAAAAAUUUUUGCCAAUAUUGCAAAUUGACAUUGGCUAAGGAUUGGCUAAUAGAUUGUCUUUUGAAGGAGUGAAUUUGCAGGCAAAUUAGAGACUGUCGUUGUAUAAAGACUUUAACAGAACAGUAUUUUCAGGUGUAUAUCACAUUCCAGAGACAGUAGUAAGACAAAGCUUUUGCCAUGAAAGGAGCACUUUAAUUAACUACAAGAGGACUCAUACUGAUGAAACACCUUGUUAAAACAUGCCGGCACUGUUACAAGGCAUAUAGAUUUAAAGGUAACUGUGUGGAUCACGAAAAAAAUUAACACUGGUGAAAUACCUUAUCAUGUCAAUACAGUAAUUUAUUUUUUAAAAAUAUAUGUAGAGGGUAUUCAUGACAGUCAUCAUAGUAUACAACUUCAGGGCAUCUAGUGUAGCAGACAGUAUUGAUAAGUGCAAUUUAUGAUAUUUCUUUUGUCAAAGAAGUGGUGUUUUAAUUGAA